CAGCCACGGACCAACACUCAUCACCAGGACUUAAUUUAUGUCUGGUCGUCGAGUUUAAUGUCUAUAAAUAUCUCUCGUAGCUGAGGUGGAACAAUGAAGAGCGUUCGUGGGCGACACACACGAACAAGGUCCGCCGCAUGUUAAACUACUGUUGCAUGUAGGUGGGGGAGCGCUGUCGCUGUCCCAGGUUGCUGAAAGCGCUCGUCAGUCGACCUGCGGCAAGCCAACGAGACAGUAAACGGUUUUUGAUCGAGACAAUAUGCAUGGACUGAUGUGAAUGCUGAACAAUAGCAAGGCAGUUAACGUAGCUCUAGUCAGAGUAAAUGGGAUAUCACGUCCUCUAAUGUUUAAAGGAUGAAGAUAUUUUUCCUGUCAACCGUGCCACUGCUAAUUCUCAGCUGUCUAGGUGUCUCUCGCGUCUUUGCUGACAGUUUGGCGGCUCCUGUCAAUGUGACCAUCAAGGCUUUGAAGUCCAACUCUGCCGUGGUGACAUGGGACAUCCCCGAAGGGGACCUUGUCAUCGGCUUCGCCAUCACACAGCAGAAGAAGGACGUGCGCAUGCUGCGCUUCAUCCAGGAAGUGAACACCACCACCCGCUCCUGUGCAUUAUGGGACUUGGAGGAGGAGACCGACUACAUUGUGCACGUGCAGUCCAUCAGCAUGAGUGGGCCCAUGAGUCAGCACAGCGAACCCCUGCGCUUCCGCACGCCCAAGGAGUCUGAGACACAGGCCUCCAAGAGUAAAGACGAGGUGACCAUGGAGGAAGUGGGAGCUCAGCUGAGGGCGGGGGAGUUCAUCAUUAUCGUGGUGGUGCUGAUCAUGUGGGCAGGUGAGGGGUGGAAUGUUUCAAAAGGUGUGAUCGCUCUCUUCUGCCGUCAGUAUGACAUCAUCAAAGACAAUGAGCCCAACACCAAUAAGGACAAAGCUAAGACCUCAUCAGAGUGCAGUACUCCGGAGCACCCGACAGGGGGUCUGUUGCGCAGUAAGUUCCCCAAGAACAACAACAACAACAACCGGGCUCCAUCUGUGAACAUCAUCGAGGUGUGACGGCCAGAACACUCUCUAAUCCAAAGGAUUGUGUGUAUUCUAAACAGAGCAACCAAAGGGCCCUUUAUGCCCAUCUGCUUGUUAGGAUGAGGCUAGGACUGUGGGUCGUGGCCGGCCCUUUGGCAUGGGGCCUGGGUGUGAACUGGGCCCUCAGGACUCCAGGGUCCAGGUCUCAGAGAAGAGGCUCUAGAUGUGGUGGCAGGACUGUGGCUGUCGCUGCUCUAAUUAUUGCCAGAAGGUCAAGGAGAUAAAGGCCAAAUGGGUUCAGCUAUGAGUUGAGAGAGAGGAGAUAUGAACAUGGCCAGGGGACUGCAUAUAACCAGGGCCAGAGACCCUCUCUCUCAGCUUGUUGUUAAUGGACUGAAACACACUGUCCCGGCCCCUGUUCCCCAUACUGAAACCAAGGCUUGAGCACUGUGCACCAUGUGAAAAUGAACUCCCCCUACUGCAUCUCCUCUCUUACAGUGUUUAUUUAUUUGCCUCCUAUUAUGCUCAUUUGCUGUAAGGCACAUACUGUACUUUCCUUACUAUUGCUUACCUCCUUUGACAUAUACCUCUUAUUCAAACUACAGUAUAUAUCACUGUAUCAAAACCUGUUUCAACCUGUUUCAUCUAUUCACAACAACUUCUUAUUGCUAAAGUACCAGUUUUAUAGAUCUCCUUCUGGCUCAACUCCCUGAAACCUCCUCUGAGAUGUGUUUUCAUUCGAUCAGAGCUAGUUAGUUCCCCGCUCAGGGAAUUCAAACAAUACAAGGCUAAUUUUGGAGGCCUUUCUGAAUCCAAGCUGGUGGCUAUGACGUCAGGGCAAGAUCAAAAGGAGCACUCAAGACACCCGUGCGGCAGAAUUCUCCAUUUAUCUGGAGAAUUAAAGCUUGUUAGCUCUGACAGCAGAAAAUAACGUUGUCAUUUAUAAACAAAUCUGGUCUCUACAUUUAUCGUUGAUUUACCUUAAAUAUAACAUUUUCAUUUAAAAGGUCCAAAGCAGCCAUUUUUUAAAAUCUCAAUAUCAAAUCAUCUCUGGGCAACAAUUAAGUAUGUUACUGUGUUUGUUUUCGGUUAAAAUGAUCAAAAAUAAGAAAAAAAUUGCUUCUUAGCAAAGAGCAAUUUCUCAAGCAAGAAUUAUGCUAGGACCGUCUGGGAGUGGUCUGAGUGGGGAGGGGAAAACUGGAAACUAGCUGUUAUUGGCAGAGAGGUUUGGAACUAUCUUUCUUAUUGGACUAUUAACUUACCACAUGGUGAUGUCCCCACGGAGAGCCCAAAGCUCCAAAGAAAAAAAUUGCUUCUUAGCAAAGAGCAAUUUCUCAAGCAAGAAUUAUGCUAGGACCAUCUGGGAGUGGUCUGAGUGGGGAGGGGAAACCUGGAAACUAGCUGUUAUUGGCAGAGAGGUUUGGAACUAUCUUUCUUAUUGGACUAUUAACUUACCGCAUGGUGAUGUCCCCAUGGAAAGCCCAAAGCUCCAUUCCACCAAAACGGGUGAAAUUUCAGGCAGUCUUUUCAAACUGCUCUUACAAUAAAAGGGCUUUAUCCAAAUGUUCACAAUUACACAGUAUUAUUCCAAUCUCAGUGGGCAAAUAUAUUUAAAAAACACGAGAAAAUCACGUUGACUGCACUGGGCCUUUAAGGGGAUAAUCCACACCAAACGGCUAAUUCAUACAAUUAACAGUGUUAAUUAAAUAACACUAAUAUGUGAAUAUAUUUCUUAACAAAUGUUUAAUUUUGUUGUUAUAACAAGGUUGCUAAACAUAUGUGAAAAGCAUUGUGGAAAUCUCUUGCAACAAAACCCACAAUGCAAUGCUAUUUCUGAACUGGCUGGCUAGCUAGCUAGAAAACAUAGCUAUACACAAUAAUACCAAAGUCAAUAUCAGCAUGUGAAGUAGCUAGCUAGCUGUAUAAUCGCCUAAACAAACUGCACAAUCAAUUUAAGAGUCUCUUAAAAUUGCAGUUCAUCAACUUGCAAUGAAGCGAGUGCAGAUAUGGUACGUUGCUAUGGCAACAACGGCCUUUUCCCACAGACACACGGGGAGCAUAGAGAUAAAUAGUAAUGGCGUCUUUUUGAGGGCAUUAAAUCCACCAUGAUUCGUUAGUCAAAGCAUAUGGGAAAAUACAUGGCCUUUUAGUAGGGGUUUUGGAUAAACACGGGUUUAGGAGAUUUAGGUUUUGUUCUAUGAAAAUGUUGAAGAAUUUAUGUAAUAAAAAAAGCACAUACACAUAAAAGGCUUUAUAUUUCAAAAAGGUAAUGUUAGUUGACUGAUAUUAUCGCAUAGAACAAAACGUAUAAGAUCUCCUAAGCCUGUGUUAACAUCAGAUCUUAUUUUUGGCGUUUAUCCCAAAACCCUAUUCUUUCUCCAUAGAUAGGUUAGCUGAGAACGUCACAAAAACGAUGUGCUUGCCUCUAUGGGGCAGUAGUCAGCAUGCUGUUGUGAUUCUGGAUGGCCAGAUUGCUAGCAAGAAUGACAAGAAACUGUCAUGUGGGGAAUCGUAACUGGCUCGUUUCAUCUUGUUCUUGAUACCAUGUCUUGUUUUGAGGUGUUUUGUCUGAUUUAAUGUCAAUGCUGAUAUGGCUAGCUAGCUAACCAACAACUGUAAUGACGUAUUUGAGGGACAAGUGCUCAUUGUGCAAAUGUAUUUAUGUUUUCAAUAAAACAUUGGAGAGGAAAAAUAGCAUACAUGUUAUCAACUAUUCAAGCCAACCCUGUCUGUUUUGCCCCAUAGUUGCAAAAGCGUCAGUUUUGUUGCUAAACAACCAGACCGUCUAUGGGAAUGGCUAAACGAACCAGAGGAAACUCAUUUCCUGUUUUUAGGACUAAAAGCUGGCGAGCUCUAUUGCGAGAUGGUACUUGAAGGAGAAACUGAGUUUAAUCAUUUGGUACACUGUUUAGAUUGAGCACAUCUAAGUGAAAUAUAUAUUUUUUCAUGAUUAUAUAAACAGAUGGAUGUGUUCCAGACAAGUAUGCCAUACCAUCUAUUGGCUCACUUGGCAAUCUGGAGUGCAGGUAAUUGUUUAAAAAGCGUCAUAAAAUGUGAUAAGUGCGUUAUCCCCCAUCUCCGUUGACGAGAACCAUUUGGCUAUGCCACAUUCAUACACCAUUUCCUGAUUUCACAGAUAGACCACUUAGAAGUUAAAUCAUGGGGAAUUGUUUUAUUUUACCCACUGAUAGAACAUAGGCUUUCAAGAAAUUGACAGGAGAUUAAUGUAUUUUAUUUCUGGUGGUGGAUUAUCCCUUUAAGUAAAAAUAAUAUUUGACUUAUAAGUAGAUUUACUAAAAUGCUACUGUUCAAAUACUUUAAGUGUAUCGUUUCUCUUAUCACCUACUUUUAUUAGUGAAUGUUCAAGAGAGUUUACACUCACCUUUAAGAGGGGCCUGACUCAUAUGCAUGGACUGGAUGUGUCUCUGAGGAAGGGCUAAACAGGCCUCCCCAUGACAGCAAUAACAGCCCUGAGUGGUGCAGUGGAGCAUCUCACACACCGGCAGGCCAUGAAGCACCUGUCCAACCUACACUCAACCUCCCAGCCACACUUAAUGCAGGGGGACUUUAAAAUGUGAUUAAAUAAGUUUAAAGUCCUAGUUUAUGAAAAGACCUUUCUAUGAAACACCUGCCACCCCCAACUUUCCCAGAUCUAAUCAACGAUGUGAUCACAAGCUAUUGGGCUGGGAAGUGCCAGGGACCUCACAAUACGAAUCCCGAUACUUUGGUGCCGAUACGAUAUGCAUUGCCAUUCUCACGAUUCUAGAUGUAUUCCAAUUCGACUGUGAUUUUAUUACGAUUCGAUGUUCCAAACAUAUUGCUCACCAUAUGUCUGCUGCAGAGGAACAAAAGACAGCCAUGAGAACGUUUUGAUCAGUCAUGGAAAUAAAAAUGCUGAAAACAAAUUGUCUCCCUAUUUAACAAGAUGAUGGAAAACAAGUUUUGCUGCAGGUACAGCCAAUGAUACAUCUUCAAAAAUAAUAUCCCGAUAUGUAACUGUAUUGAUUUUUCCCCCAUCACUAAUGAGCUCCAUAUGUUGGUUCUAAACGUUGACCCCUUUAAUUCAGUCCCAUCUGACAUCAUCAUUAGUAGUCAUCUUCACAGAAGGGCUUCCACUGAAUCAUCUUCAGUGUGAGAGUCCAUCCUCCCCACCCCAUGUACUGUAUCACAGGCAGGUGUUGAAAUGCUGUAUGAAGAGACUAUGCUGUGGAGAUUCUCAAAUGGGCCAGACAACCUCCUCCACAUCCCCAUGAAGGGGACAUUGCUGUGGUAAUGUGUUUUAGGUCUGAUUUAAAAAAGCUCUGCCUUAAACACCUAAAUAUUCAAUUUUGUUUGAUAGGAUGGAAUGGUAAGGGUCCAAUUUGUUCCACCUUUUCCAUUUAGUAUGUCCCUGCCACUUGGCCCAUGGAGGCUGCAGUAUGUUAUGUUAAACAUCUGUGGUCUGUCUGUAUCCAUUAUGAGAUGGUAUAGGAGGAAAAGUAGAAUUUGAUUUAUUUUCUAAGGGAUGGGCGAAUGUAAUGCUAAAUAAAGAGCAUGACAGAAA